CCGUUUUCCCCCAAAUAAAGAAAUCCUUUUCUUCCUCGUAAAUCGUAAUCCAGUCGCCAUUAAUAUUCUUCAUUGUUUCCUUCCGUAAAAGUGUCCAAAACGCGUUGUUGAUAUUUUGAGUCCGCAGAAUAUUUAUCGGGAAACAUGAGUGUCAACAAGGUAUCUAAGAUAUCGGACUCGACACCAAACCCGGAUACCUUACUCGGCAAGAAUUCAUCGUGUAGACGAUCUGCACGUUUGGCGGCCAGGUCAAAGUUAGCUCAGGUUAGCCCGGUGGCACGCGAUGCAUCAGCUUCCGUCGUGAGUGGUAAUCCAGCACAGAAAACUGCGGUCCCGAAGGUCCCGAAGGACCCGAUACCCGAAGGACCUAAAGAUUCUACAGUUGCAGUUGCUUCCCUGUUGAAGGAAAUUGAGCAAACUUAUUCUGACUCCCCAGUUUAUCACAUCAGAUUGGAUGGUUAUUGUGUGGAACGUAAGCAAUCCGGGGAGAAGUGCAUAUUAUGCGCCAAAGAUCUUUCAUGUUCCCCAAACGAUGUGGAUCGUGCAGACGAUGAUUACAAAUACCGCGUUAAAUUCAUACCUCUACAUCUUCCGGCUGUCGACAUUCUGCCAUGUGGUCAUGCCAUCCAUACUGAAUGCUCAAAGUAUGCAAUGUCUGCAGAAUCUAAUGUUCCACAAUGUGUUCUUUGUUUGAGCAUGCCUUGAUUCCUCUUUCUAAGAAACCGAAAACUGUUUAUAUUUCUGCACAGAUUAACGAGUACUUGUAAUUAAUGUCGGGUUGUUUAACGUGUGAAAACUUUUGACGGAUGUUAAGCGAUAA